AUGGCUACUGACGUAAGAUCACAACCACUCAUUUUAGACGAAUUUGUCAAUGGAGAAGAUCCUGAACCUGAUCUGCGGAAAAUAUUUUUGAAGAUAAGACCGCAAUGGACCAAAGAAGACAAAAUAGAGCUAAAUCCCUGUCCUGGAUCCGGCUUCGUCAACAUCACCCUUCUAGCAACCUACGAUGGCAAAAAGGCAGAUGCUGUGGUGGUCCGGAUCUUCAUUCAGAAUGUCUACGAGUUCCUGAUGAACAGGGAACGCGAGUUAGCUGCCACGUUGGUGUUUAAUGAAAGAGGGUUAACACCAAAUAUUUACUGCAUCUUCAAAAAUGGAGUCUGUAUGGACUACAUAUUUGGAGAGCGCUUUGAUUGGAGUGUGUUGGCAGAGAAACCACUAAAUGAUGAAAAAAUUCUUAGAUCAGUAGCGAGAGAACUGGCAAAAUACCACAGUAAAAAAACAAGUGACAUUGCAAAAGAGAAAUAUGGCCAUCUCUUCCCAAUGGUUCCAGAGCUAAAGAUCAAAGCGGAGGAGUUGUUGAGUAAUUUGCCGGAAACACUAGGCGAAACGGAGGCUGAUGAACUAUUUAAGACGAAAUUCCCAAGCAAAGCUUUGAUAGAAUCUGAGUGGAGAGAUAUGUUUGCUUUGAUGGAAAGGACUGGUGUGCCACUUACGUUAUGUCAUCUUGAUGCCCAUCCGUCCAAUAUGCUUUACGUGCCCGAAGAUGAUCGGGUCAUUUUUGUCGACUACGAGGUAUCAGCAUUUUCUUGGCCGACUCAGGAUUUGGCUACUUUCCUAGAAUUUUCUGCGACAGGAUUGGUCUUCGACGGUAACUUCCCAGAGCGGCAUCCCCCAGCACUGAGAAAGAUGUUUCUGAGGGAGUACCUAGAAACGCAGAGGAGUCUGGGAGAUCUGGAUCAUGACGUCACGGACCACGAUGUGGAGAGACUCUUAGUCCUUGUCGAGAAAGCAGUAUUACCAUACUUCUUGUUUUAUACUGGAUGUUGUCUUGUGGUUGCCAGCGGCCCUGAGAGAAACGGCGUCCCUAGAAAGAACAUGUUACAGCUCUCCCUCAAUAACUACGGAUGGUACAUGAGAAACAAGGAGAGAAUCCUGGCUUUAGAAGUCCCACAAUAAAUUUGGUGAAACAUAAUGUAGACAUUUGAAUAAGUGGCCGCAGCGGGAAAGCAGAAAAUGCGUAGAUUUUCAUUUAUAAAUGGCAAAGCAGAAUUGCAUUUCAAUAGCGAACUUAAUAGCUUCGACAUGAUUUUUAUGUAUAAGUGUACAUAUAAGAUAAAAAUCAAAGCCUUUUCUGAUUCCCGGUACGGCCGCAUAUUCCAAUGUAUACAGUAUCACCUCGAUACUGACACACACCGAUGGACAGUACACCCGACCAGUUUCCUGUAGUUUUUUCCCGUUUUACACUAUACCACAACACUGGAUGACACAUGUUAAUGGAUAGAGGGCAAGCUUCCUUUAGUCCAUUUCAACAUUACUACAACACUGCAUGACACACAUUGAUUGAUAGUGCGCCAGCUUCCUUUAGUAUCUUCUAUUUUAACAUACCACAACACUGCGUAACACUGCAUAACACACGUUGAUGGAUCGUGGGCCAGCUUCCUUUAUAGCAUCUUACAUUUUAACAUAACCACAACACUGCAUGAUACACGUUGGUGGAAAAAGGACCAGCUUCCUUCAGUACAUUAUCUUCCAUUUGAACAUUACCACAACACUCCAUGACACACGUUAAUGGAUAGUGGGCCAACUUCCAUUAUCGCUAUUGCAUAGUGGGCCAGCAUUCCUUUAGUGUCUUCUAUUUCGCCACACAGGCUAAUCAUCGUCAUGGUCAAAUGAUAGUCAUUUUGCUAGUUUUAGUGUCUGAAACAUGUUAAAGAUGAUAAAACGGCCCUGCAGCAUUGGGAAAUCCUAUUUCAUGCUUACACGUGGUAUCCUCAUAAUUCGUUGUAUCUCUUUUAAGGAUUUAAUAUAUACUGUUCAAAACA